AUGCAGCUUAUUAGGCCAUUCACUGCUGAGGAUGUGAAACUCGCCAUGUUUGAUAUUAAUGAGGAUAAAGCUCCGGGGCCAGACGAUUAUUCGUCUGGUUUCUUUAAAGCGGCAUGGUCAGUGGUGGGUCCUGAGAUCACGAGAGCCGUUCUGGACUUCUUUGCCAUAGGGCGACUGCUGAAGCAAGUUAAUAGCACUAUCUUGGCUCCUACCCCCAACGUACUGGAUAAGAUGAUUAGUCCCUGCCAGGCGGCUUUCAUUCAUGGUAAAAGUAUUGGAAAUAACAUCAUGAUGGCACAAGAAUUAUUUACUGGAUACAAACAACGACGUUUACCUCCACGAUGCGCGUUAAAAAUAGACAUUUGCAAGGCAUAUGACACAGUGGAGUGGGAUUUUCUCCUUGCCACCUUGCAGCUUUAUGGGUUUCCGGUGACUUUCAGGCGAUGGAUUGAGGAAUGUGUUACCACCUCAUCCUUCUUAGUAGGUAUUAAUGGGAAACCUCAUGGUUUCUUUGUGGGUUCCAGAGGACUACGACAAGGUGAUCCUCUUUCACCUUAUAUGUUUGUAUUUGUGAUGGAAGUGCUGCACUUGGUGUAUUUACAAAUGAUCGACCAGGAUGGACGCUUUACGUUCCAUUGGAAGUGUGAAGCUUCGCAUAUAUUCCAGCUGGGUUUUGCUGAUGAUGUUAUACUAUUUUGUCGAGCUGAUGCCCAGUCCAUACGUGUGUUCAAGGAAGGGCUGGACCGUUUUGGAGAUUGGUUGGGUCUUCGACGGAACGGUCAGAAGAGUCACCUCAUUCUCUCCAAAUCGGCACAAGACAUCAAAGAGGAACUAUUGAUGAUCCUUGGGUUCCAAGAAGGGCAACUCCCGAUGAGAUUGAGAAACGUAUUGCGGGUUGGGAGGGGAUAUCUUUUUCGUAAGCGGGUGCAAAUUAUCAAGUCUGUGCUCACCUCACUUAGUGUCUAUUGGGCUUCGGCUUUCAUCCUUCCUAAAUGUGUCAUCAAGGAGAUUGAGAAGCGACUACGAAGAUUCCUAUGGAAGGGCACGGGGAGUAGUGGGUAUGCAAAGGUGGCAUGGACGGAGAACGUCUAUUUGGGUACAAUGGCUUUACCAUGGACGUUUACGCAACUCCUCUAUCUGGACUGUUGCCGAAACCAGAGGCGCUUGGGGUUGGAACAAGCUCAUACGACUCAGGGCUUGGUUAAGAAUGUUGGUGGAAUAUCGUAUAGAGAUGGGCGUGAUUUUUAUUUGUGGAGGGACCCAUGGCAUCACCUUGGCCCUCUUAUUGAGAGAUUUCCACGGGGGCCUAAUAUCACCGGAUUACAAGAACACAUCUUGCUACAUUCGGUCAUUCGUGAGGGGCAGUGGCACUGGCCUCAUAGCACUGAUAUGGAAUGUUUAGAAAUCGUGCACACACUACCCAUGAUCUAUGGGGGUAGCGAUCAGAUCAUUUGGAGAUGCUCGGGUGGAACCCCUACGACUCAAGCCUUAUAUAAACUGCUUGAUCCUCCUGGUCCAAAGCUAUACGGCGUGUUGUACGUUUUCUUUGGCCUAACAGAGAGUGGCACACCGAUAUUGAAUGCCACCAGGAGAUGGAGGGGAAAACACGUCAUUAAUGUGGUUUAUCGUACAUUACUUGGAGCUUGUGUUUAUCAUAUUUGGAGGGAGCGCAACUUGAGACGAUUCGAGAACAUUGAGAGAUCUCCGACUAUAGUCGCAAGUGUUAUUAUAGAGGAUGUCAGACUACGUAUUCUUAGUACUAACUUGUCGAACUCUGUUAGUACAAGUGCACUUCAUAGAUUGUGGCGUAUCCCUUGGCAUGUAGAGGGAGAUGCUAGCACCUGA